AGCACGCUACUUCCUACCUCUGAGAAUUGAGUUCUGCAGAAUUGAGUUCUUGUAUAAUUAGCAUUUACUAAUCAUAUGUAAAUUCCACCAUUACAUUACCAGGGUAUGGUACAUUCCAAGACCAUAAUUGUGCAACAUUUGGUCACAUAAUAUCAUAAAUAUGCCAAUAAUGGUGCACUAUUGUGAAAAGUGUGACUAACUUUUCAAGCAAACCAUUCCAGAACAUGCUUUCCUGAGAAUUUGAUAACAUGUCAUGCUAUUACCCAAGUUAUGGUUGCUGCCUCUGCUGAUGCAGAUUUCGUUCUGUUUUUGUUGAACUGGUUCCUCCCUGACUCAAGCAACAAGCUGCAAGGCCAGGUAAUAUGGAUCACUGGAGCCUCUCGUGGAAUUGGUGAAGCAUAUGCCAUUGUGCUGGCCAAGUCUGGUGCUAAACUAGCGCUCUCUGCACGGGAUGAGCAGCGGCUGCAACAAGUCAAGCAAAAAUGUCUUGAUGCCGGUGCACGGGAAGAAGAUAUCUUGUUGGUGCCUCUUGACAUGGUCAAGUAUGAAGACCAUGAGCAGGCAUUCAACAAAGUCUUGCAAUAUUUUGGCAAGGUAUCGGUGCUCCUGAACAAUGCAGGCAGGUCCCAGAGAGCUCGUUGGGACGAUAUUGAGCUCAGCGUCGACAAAGAGCUCUUUGAGCUCAACGUCUUCUCCCUGGUGGCUCUGGCUCGCCGAGUUAACAAGUAUUUCAGGACGGUUGGCGGUGGUCAUCACGUGGUAACGUCGUCCACACUCGGCAAGUUUGGAGGUCCAAACUCUGCUUCCUACACCGCUUCUAAGCACGCGCUCCACGGAUAUUUUGAGAGCUUGCGAGUGGAGGGAUUAAAGGACAACAUCAGCGUGACGAUGCUGUGCCCUGGUCCUGUUGAGAGCGAACUUCUUCAACAUGCUUUCACUGAAAAGCUUGGACAGGGCGUGUCAGGAGAGCGCUCAGGACGCCGCAUGAGCGCCAUGCGUUGCGCUCACCUCAGCGCCACGGCCAUCGCGUACAAGUUGCCUGAAGCGUGGGUGGUGGAACAGCCUGUACUUCUGCUGCAGUACACGGUGUACUACCUGCCUUAUGUUGCCUUCAGGUAAACUGUACUUCUGCUGCAGUACACGGUGUACUAUCUGCCUUAUGUUGCCUUCAGGUAAACUGUACUUCUGCUGCAGUACACGGUGUAC